UUGAACUGCAACUCCCAUCACCCCUAGCUAGCAAGGCCAGAGCUCAGGGAUGAUGGGAGCUGUAGUCCAACAACAUCUGGGGACCCACAGGUUGAGAACCGCUAGCCCAACCCCUUGCAGUGCAGGAAUAUGCAGCUGUCCCUUAUGGGAUCGAACCUUGGUGUUAUCAGCACUACACACUAACCAACUGAGCUUUGCUGUGGAGGACAAUGGGCAGAACAAGGGUUAAGGAGCAAGCAAGCAGAUAGCAAGUUGCCAGCCAUCUCCCCAUCUCUUUACUUAAACUUCAAGGAAACAGCUAGUGUGGGGACUUUGUUGUAACCUUAAAGUGCGAGGAUGGGAAGAGACCCAAGCAGCCCUUGUCAAAACAACCGUAUUUCCAAAAGACUUCGGGGAGAUCUCUCUGUAGCAGCCGACAAGGCAGCAACCCAUCAAACAGGCCGGUGACUUUAAGGAAGCAGGACAAGUUGGUGUUCUGAACUUGCCCAUCAGCUGUUCACACCUGCACAUCAGACCAUCCAGCAGUCUUCUGCAUCGAGCGCUCAAUGUCAACUGACAAGGACAGCUGGAUUCCAGAGCAUGAAACCACGGUUAGUGCCAAACUCUUUCAAAAGGCACGGAACAGCCCUCUGGUGCCAGCUGGCAUGAUGGGGUUUGUGGUUGUGGCAGCCUACGGAAUUUACCGGCUGAAGGCAAGGGGGAAUAUGAAGAUGUCUGUCCACCUGAUUCACACUCGGGUAGCUGCCCAGGCCUGUGUGGUUGGAGCCAUAACACUUGGCGCUGUCUACAGCAUGUACAAAGACCACUUCCCCAAACAAAAAUAGAUGAGACAUGGAUGGCAUUGGUUUGUCCCUUCUCCCUGAACGGAUCUGAAUACCCCGGCGGCGACUCCAGCAGGGCUGCGAGAUCAUGUGGUUUGCUCUAGCAAGAGAAAGAAGUCCCCUGCAGCCGCAGCUACUUACUGAUACAGCUUAUAUAUGUUCCCCUAAAAUCCUGAUGUACAUGCAUAUAUUUUUAAAGUUUUGAGAAGUGAAAGGGAAUCCUUGUGGAAACAGAGGACUGCAAAAGACCCUCGAGGGAUUAUCAAGUAGCUAACGCUUCCCUUUGCCCAAGGAGAGGAUAACAGUUGCCCAGACUGCUUCUCCUGAAGCCAUGUCCCCCUUCUUGCAUUCUAAGUGUGACAAUUGCCAUCUUUCAUCACACUGAAGUCCCUACCCUGCAGUUUCUAAAGAGGCAAAACAAACCCUUUCCAAAUGCUACAAAAUCUAAUUCAUAAUAAAGCAUGCGACUCCAGCACGGGUGUGCAUAAAAAGGAAAUUCACACUGACAAGUGAAGAUUCGCUUGACUCUGGCUGCAAAAAUAAUCCCCAUUUUAAUGCAAACUGAACUGCUUUUGUGAAGUGUCUGCUGUAUAAUUUCCAUUUUUUAAAAAUUACCUCUGCACCUAAGCACAUUUUAUAGCAGCUCUGUCCUGUAUAUGUAUUAAGGGCAAUAUUAACAUCCAAUGUCACUAUUUUAAAUACAAUUUAAAAAUUACCUUGCUUGAAAAGGCAUUAAAAUGCACAUAUUUGGUAAGAUGGCUUACAAUGCCAUUAUUCAUUCGAAUAAACAUUUCUUUGGACAUUGA